AUGGAACAGGCUGUGGGAAUAUUGUGGGAUGCUGGUAACCGUUUGUACAGUUGCAUCAAAGUGCACGCUGAUUACAUUGUGAAGCAAGAGGAGAACCUAACCAAAUUAAAAGAAAAGAUGGAACAUCUUGAUAACAUUUGCAGAGAUGUGGUGAUAAGAAUUGAGAACGAUGAGAUCCACGGAGAGAGGCGUAGAAGACAUGAAGUCAAUGGUUGGCUCCAACAAGUUCGGAAUCUCCAACAGGAAAUGGAGGAAACUAAAGAUCUUCCAGAACCCAACAAAAAAUGUCUAAUCUGUUGUGGACAAAGUAAUUGUGUGUCAAGAUAUAAGUUUGGAAAAAGAGUUCAUAAGAUGAUCUUCAAAGUUAACGAAGUUUUGAGUAAAGGAGAAGGUUACACACACAGUGUUGAUAUCACUCACCACCUAUCAUUGAAGCCGAUAUAUGAAAUUCCUCACAUAGAGACCGUGGGUGUGGAUUCGAUGGUAGACAGAGUGUGGAACAGCCUUCAAGAUGAAAAUGUGGGCAUCAUUGGAAUAUAUGGCAUGGGUGGGGUGGGAAAAACCACUCUCAUGAAGAGAAUUCACAAUGAGUUUGGAAACCGCAAUCACGAGUUUGAUCUUGUGUUGUGGAUUACCAUUGCUAAAGAUUGUGAUAAUGCCAAAGUGAUGAAUGAUAUUCGAAACAGGUUAGGGGUGAAGGACGAUUCUUGGAACAGAAGUAGCGAGCAUGAGAAGGUGGGCAAAAUCUACCAAGUCCUAAGGCAGAGGAGGUUUGUGUUGAUGUUGGAUGAUCUAUGGGGGAAGUUGGAGCUUCAAGAGGUAGGAGUACCGAAUCCGAAGAAGGCCGGUUGUAGAUCAAAAGUAGUGUUUACGACAAGGGAAGAGGAUGUGUGUGAUAAGAUGCAAGCAGAUAAGAAGUUCAAAAUGGAAGUUUUGAGUGAAGAGGAUUCAUUUGCCUUGUUCUGCAAGAAAGUAGGUGAAGGAACAAUAAAGAGCAAUGUGGAAAUUCCAAGGCAGGCAAAGAAGAUGGCUAAAGAGUGUAAAGGGUUGCCACUAGCACUUGUCAUUGUGGGGAGUGCCAUGUCUGGAGUCAGGAGUAUUGAUUCUUGGAGGCAAGCCAAACAUGAGUUGAGGAGGAACCCAUGGAUUGCUUCCGAUUUGGAGAAGAAUGUGUUCGGUGUUCUCAAGUUUAGCUACGACAGGCUGCCAGAUGAAGCGCACAAGAACUGCUUCCUGUAUUGCGCCGUGUAUCCAGAAGACUACGAGAUCAAAGUUGAAGAUGUCAUUGAUAGAUGGAUCGGAGAAGGGUUUCUUGGGAGGAGGAGUAAGAAGAGCAUAUAUGAUAUGCGUGAGGAAGGCCAUUCUAUUAUUGAAAAAUUAAAGCUUUGUUGUUUGGUUGAGGAUGUUAUGGCUGAUAUCUUCCAGUGGUGGCCUAGGAUCAAGAUGCAUGAUGUGAUGCGAGAUAUGGCUCUGUGGAUAGCAUGCGAUCAAGAUGACAAAGUGGUGGUGGAGGAGCACGCUUUCCAUCUACAUUCCCAAAAGAUGGAACUUGUUGAGAAGAUUUCCAUUAUAAGAGCCUCCGGAUUGCGCCAGUUACCGCCUUGUCCCAAUCUAGUAACCCUGUGUUUGCAAAAUCUUGAGGACGAUGUUGAUUUCUCAAAUCUACAAAUCAUGUCAAAAUUGAAGGUGUUGGAUUUAUCAAACAAUAGGCAUAUCAGACACCUUCCAAGUGAAAUAGGCAUGGUGAUCAACUUGGAGUUUCUUAACCUGUCACUCUCAGAAGUAUCCACACAGAUUCAGUUGCCAAUUGAAUUGAAGAAGUUGGAGAAAUUGAAGGUCCUCCUCAUGAAAGAUACUUUUACUUCAUCAAACAUUCUUGAGGUUUUGGAAAGCCUUAAACAGUUGCAGAUUCUAAGAGUUGGGUAUGGAGGGAGGGUGGGAGGAGGCAUGUCUUUUAGUGAGGUAGAUAAUAAUCAAGAAGCAAUCUUGAUAGACAAAUUAGAAAGCUUGCCUCAAUUGGAGGAACUUUGCAUCAACUUAAAAACCAUGAGAGGCAUCCAAAAAUUGCUUAGCUCCACCAAGUUGCAAGGUUGCUUGAGAUAUGUUUGGCUUAGUUUUAUUGAUGAGCCAAUUGAGAUUGCAACAUUGUUGGCAUCUUGGUCUAAAAUGAAGCAUUUGGAGCUUAUAACUUUGCAAUAUUUGUACAACAUCAAGGAAGUUCCAUCCAUCACUUACACGUGUCACCUCGAGGCGCUUCGUGAUGUAGAGAUCAACGGAUGUGAUUCAAUAACUCACUUGACAUGGCUGAAGCAUGCUCAGUGCCUUGAGAUUCUUCAAGUUAGAAAUUGCAACUCAAUUCAAGAGUUGGUGAAGGAAGACCAAGGCGAAACUGUGGACAUGGAUUUGUUUCCACAUCUUAGAUUUCUUAAACUAUCUUUUCUGGUGAGACUCAAGAGAAUAUACAAUGGAGUAUUGCCUUUUCAUUCAUUGAAAUUCAUCAUGGUUGUUGGAUGCGAUCAUCUGCGGAAGCUGCCUCUGAAUUUUCACUCUAAGGACACACUAAUUCAAAUAACUGGUGAAACAGAAUGGUGGAACAAUCUAGUGUGGGAUGAUCCAGCCAUUAGAGACGCACUUGAUUCCAGAUUUAGGCCAUUUAUUCUUAUUUGA